AUGGUGUUGUGGCAUCCAAAGCGCCUGAAUACCCAAUACAACUCUCUCCCUGCGUCACUACGCUCUUUUUUGAACGAGGUUACCGAAGAGAUUCCCCGAGCACCGCUGGAGACUAGAGUUCUUAACAGCAUCGAGCUGGAGCUGAGCAGGAGGCUCUCGCUUCGUAACCAGCACUUCGCGACAUUUUUUAAGAUUAAGCGUCGGGAAAGAAAUGACGCCGACCUUCCUUACAGGAAGAUUGGUGCGGGCUCUUGCGGCACUAUCCUUGCACAAGAGGGACAGCCUUUUGUGGUCAAAGUAGCCAAGACUGACGGCAACGCAUUGUGGAACGACUAUGUGAUGCACGCUUCCAUUGCAGACCAAUUCCGCAUUUGGAGCGUGAUUGAAGUCAAGAUUCCGGCCUGCCACUACUUUGUCCCAAAGGGAAAUCCUUACUUUGACGACAAGCCAACGCUUCUACAAGCAGCAGAGCAAGUCUGUAAUAUGCCCAAAGACGCCCUCGUCACCGAGAGAAUCUAUCCAUUACCCCUGAGGACUCGAGACCUCCUGAUCGAGAAUUUCUGUGCAGAGCAGGAUAAAAGCGCCGCCCGCCGUGGCCCGGAAAAUAGAGACUGCCUGGUGCGAGUCUAUCUCGGCUCCAUGUGGGGAGGAAUAGGGCGCAGCUUCUCGCUCCGAAACUUCAGGCUCCAUCUGAACCAGAUGGCCGAUCUUCAGUUGGAUGCCAAAGUCAUAGCUGGACGAAUCGCCACUGCUCUUGCAGUCAUGCAUUGGGCUGCGAAGACCGAUGCUCGGAAUGUGGAAUUCGUUUUGGCAAGUUCCUCGGAAAAGAUUUCAGAAAAUUUUCUUGGUCGGGAGAUUCAAACUUUUGAGCAACCCAUAUAUACUGGACCGCCAUCCAACGUUCACAACGACUUCUUUACUCGAACUGCAGACCUCUGGGUCUUGGAUUUUAACCAGGUGCAGCCCAUUACCAUGGACGAAGCGGGCGUUGCAACGGCUGUUGAAGCCUACAAGUUCAACGACCCGUAUUUCCCACGGCCACUGCGAGAAUCGAGGAUUGAGAAGGUGGUGUGGAAUGAAUUCGUUGAGCAGUAUCUUGGUGCGGCUCAUAUCAUUAUCAGAGAGGAGGAGAAUACAAGAUUGCUGCCACUUCCGGGCAAGUUUAUUAGUGGGCUGAUUGCUCUUGAGCGUCACAAACAGCAGAGGGAUUAG